AUAGACAUCAUGUCAAGCCCAGGGAAAGAUAACUUCAGAAUGAAAAGCUAUAAAAAUAAUGCACUUAAUCCUCAAGAAAUGCGCAGACGAAGAGAAGAGGAAGGAAUCCAGCUUCGGAAACAGAAAAGGGAAGAACAACUCUUUAAACGCCGAAAUGUUUCUCUGCCGGGAAAUGAAGAAUCUAUGGUGGAAAGUCCAAUUCAGGAUCCUGACGUCAGCUCUACUGUACCUAUUCCAGAGGAAGAAGUUAUUACAGUAGAUAUGGUGCAGAUGAUUUUCUCAGAUGAUCCUGAUCAGCAACUCACAGCAACUCAGAAAUUCAGAAAAUUGCUAUCUAAAGAGCCUAAUCCGCCCAUAGAUGAAGUCAUCCAAAAACCUGGAGUAGUACAGAGAUUUGUGAAAUUUCUAGAGAGGAGUGAGAAUUACACACUGCAAUUUGAAGCAGCUUGGGCUCUAACAAACAUAGCAUCUGGAACUUUUCUACAUACAAAAGUUGUAAUUGAAACUGGAGCUGUUCCAAUUUUUAUAAAAUUGCUUAGUUCAGAACAUGAAGAUGUACAGGAGCAGGCAGUGUGGGCUCUUGGUAACAUUGCCGGUGAUAACGCAGAAUGCAGAGACUUCGUUUUAAACUGUGGAAUAUUACCACCUCUCUUGGAACUGUUAACGAAUUCAAAUCGUCUUACCACAACUAGAAAUGCAGUCUGGGCACUCUCAAAUCUCUGUAGAGGCAAGAAUCCACCUCCAGACUUCAGUAAGGUAUAAUGAGCUACUCAUUUCAAGAAAUUGGAAAACUAAAGGAAGCUUCUGUUUGUAAUAUAACACGGUCUUUGAAUCUGGAGAUAGACAAGACCGUGUGAUCACAUUAAAAACAUAAAAUUGAAUCUAUUUGUUGUAUCUGCUCAACGUUUUCUACUUUGACCUGUUAGCAAUAAAAUUAAAUAAUUAAAUGACUGAGAAGUUUGAGAAGUUAUUUAGUCAGAUGCAGGUAGUCAUUCACUGAAGCAAUGACAAGUGAGGAGUACUUUUGGCACCAAAACCUUUUGGUCUGUAUUCUGCAGGUAUGUGUUAGAGGAUGUGAGUUAUGAUUGAAGCUUUUCUUUUUUACUUUCCUUAUUUUGUGCUGUGAUUACUUAAUAAGAUAUUGCAAGAAUAAAAUUUUCCUUGCUCUUUAUAGAGCAAAAAAUUCAAUUAAUUCAGACUACCAUGUCAGAGGUGAUGUGCCCAUGUGCUCUCUCAUUCACUUUAUUUCCACUUUUUAAGACAGUAAGACUGUCUCUAGUUAGGAGUAUUAGCUUUUUAUUUUCAGUAUGAAAUUUAAUUUCUGGUAAUGGUAGUGGCAAUAGAAAAUGGAAUAUAACUUUGAGUAUUCUGGCUGAUGUUAAAAUGAUCACUGAAUGUAAUUUGGAGUCAAUUUGUAUGUCUUAAAACUUUACUCACAGAGUACAGAGUUGCUACUUUUAAUCUCUCUGCAAGAAUUACUACAGAAGGAGAUUUCUGAUGUCAGUUAAUCAAUCACCUCACAAUUGCUCUACCUAAAUUAUGUCUUCCAGUACUGUUUCAUUCUGGCAGCA